GUGAUGGGUUCUGAUCAUGGUCCAUCAAGCAUUCGAGGUUUAGGGAAGAGUCAACUGGGUGGUGUGAUUUUCGGUACCAAUAAGAUGACUAUCAAUGAAUGUCUUCACAAGCAACUCUUUGGUUUACCAAAGCCGCAUAUGGUAUAUGUGAAAAGAAUCGAACCUGGUCUGCCUUUAUUUCUGUUCAAUUAUACUGAUAGAACACUACUUGGCAUUUUCGAGGCUGCAAGCUCUGGUCAAGAGAAUCUAGACCCGUAUGCGUGGACUUGUGCGGGUUCACAAAAAACACCAUUUCCUGCUCAGGUUCAAAUCUGCGAAAAGCUGAAAUGCAAAGCAUUAACUGAGAAUCAGUUUAAGCCCAUAAUUGCCGAUAAUUACCAUACCCUAAGUCAUUUCUGGUUUGAGUUGGACCAUGCUCAAACAAACAGGCUGUUAUCUCUAUUGUCGUCUCAAGUGCUUUCUGGUCCACGUGCAACGGUUGCUCCACAUAGUACAAUCAAGAAGACGACCUUAUUGCCUUUGGCGAAGGAACGCAUGUACCAAAACCCUACGGAAGUUGUUGGCAAUCAUUUAAGUGGUGCCAAGAGUUUGCCUAGCAACAUCAGAGAUGUCAAGACUUCUAAUGCACUGAACGAGAAGGAUAUUGUGAAAAUGCAGCUAAUGGAACUUGCUCUAAAGCGUAAAUUAGUGUCCCCAAGCACACCUUCUGAUAAACUCGUGGGUCCACAUUGUGCUGACCAUAAAGUUGAGUCUGCUAUUGUGAACAACAAGACUGUUGAGAACAACAAAGACGAUCCUGCUAAUCCAACCAAAGAUCAUUUUGUCAUAGCUCAGUUAAUUGAAAAAGUUGAAGAUUUGACGGCAGCUACAGUCAAGCAGAAUGACAAGAUUAAGCAUUUGGAACAGCUUGUUGCUUCUUUGGAGAAGAAUCUGGCUGAAGCAAAAAACGAAAUUAAGAACUUAAAGGGCGUCUGCAAUGCUCCGGAAUUACAAACUUCUGUGGGCACUCAGAAAGUUGAUGACAUAGAGGAAAAAGAUAUAUUUCCAGAUGGUUUACCUGAUGACGCGAUACUUUUAGUAGGCGGAUAUGAUGGUGCAUCUUGGUUGUCGACAUUGGAUUGCUACUCACCAUUACAGAAUCUUAAUAAAUCUCUUAAUCCCAUGAAUAAUGAAAGGUCGCAUGCAGCAGUUUCUAAAUUAGAUGGUGAACUUUACGUGUUUGGUGGUGGAACCCGUGGUCAGUGGUUUGACACAGUUGAAUCAUAUAAUCCAGUAGCGAAUCAGUGGACAACUUGUCCUCCUCUUAAUCAGAAAAAAGGAAGUCUUGCUGGUGCCACUGUGAAUGAUAAAAUAUAUGCAUUCGGUGGAGGGAUUGAUACAGACUGUUAUGCAACAGUAGAGAUGUUGGAUUUUGAUAUUGGAGCCUGGAUUCCAGCACGUUCAAUGCUUGAAAAGAGGUUUUCCUUAGCUGCAGCUGAGCUUAACGGGGCAAUUUAUGCAGUUGGUGGCUAUGACGGGAAAAACUACCUGAGGACUGCAGAAAGAUUUGAUCCCAGAGAGCAUUCUUGGAAAAAAAUCGAGAGCAUGAAUACAUUGAGGGGAUGCCCAUCUAUGGCCGUUUUAGACGAAAAACUGUUCAUUUUAGGAGGUUAUGAUGGUAGCGAAUUGGUUUCAACUGUGGAAAUCUAUGAUCCUAGACGUGGAUCAUGGAUGAUUGGAGAGCCAAUGAACAUACCUCGGGGAUUUUCGGCUGCAGCUGUCACUAAAGAUUGUAUCUAUGUUUUUGGUGGGCUCAAAAAUGGUGAAGAAAUUAAUGAUACUGUUGAAUUUUACAAGGAAGGUCAAGGUUGGAAAAUGGUCCAAACCAAUAAUGCUUGUCGAAGGUGCUUUUUCUCAGCUGUUGCUCUAUGAAUAUUGUAACUAAAGACGGUUUGUUAAUGUUAUGAAAUGUUGUUAGUACAAGACUUAAUGACCAAAUCUUGGGGAUCUAUAAUUAAGCUAUGCUCCAGUAUGGCUAACUACUUUUUAAAA